AUGGAUUUGGCUCAAGAAGUUGAGUACAAAGCGCUAGCCUCGUUCGAGCCUGUUGACAAAUUGAUGCUUCAAGGUUCAUCUGAUGUGCAGAAGUUUUAUGCAAAUGAAAUAGUGUUUUUAACUGGUGGCUCUGGAUUUUUGGGGAAGCAGUAUAUUGAGAAAAUCUUCAGAUCAUGUGCCAUCAAGAAGAUGUACGUUCUCAUCCGGCCGAAGAAAGGAAAAACUAUUCAAGAUCGAAUGAAAUUCAUUUUAAAUGAUCCUGUAUUUGACAAAUUGAGAAUGGUGAAGCCUAAUUUUGCUGAGCAGAUUGUGCCUGUGGAAGGAGAUGUGGCUGAUAUUAGGCUCGGCCUGAGCGAUAAAGAAUGGGACAUCGUUGCUAAAGACACUAGCAUCAUAGUCCAUAUGGCGGCGACGAUUCGCUUCGACUCACCCAUUCGGGUUGCAGUGGUGACCAAUGUCAGAGGGACCAGAGAAGUCAUAUCAUUAGCGAAGGACUGUAAACAUAUUAAGUCUUUCAUCCACGUAUCCACUGGGUUCACCCAUGCCACUGCCAGCCGAAUAGGAACUGAUCUCAAGGAGAAGUUUCACCCUUCUCCUGUCUCUCCUACAGCUAUUAUUGGCAUGGUGGAGACCAUGGAAGACAGCAGACUGGACAAUAUUACUGCAGAAUUGAUUAAAGACUGGCCGAACACGUACACCUUCACAAAAGCAAUUGCUGAGGAACUGAUCAGAACCACUGCUGCUGACCUGCCGGUAGCCAUUGUGAAGCCGCCUUUAGUGUUGACAUCCUACAUGGAGCCGUCCCCAGGAUGGGCAGACACCAGUAUCAUGUCCGGUCCCUGUGGUGUGUUGGUAGGGGUCGGUCUUGGUCUUCUCAGAGUGUUCUACCUGAAAAGCGAUCUAAACUUAAAUAUAGCUCCUGUGGACUUCGUCAACAAUGCCAUCAUUACAGCAGGCUGGGACUCCAUUGUCAACAGACCAGCCAGUGACGGCAUACCCAUCUACACUGUCAGUUCCACCAAAUGCGGAAUACCUUGGAGUUAUCUUGCGAAUCUGACGCGUUCCGAAGAGUUUAAGCACCUGGCUUCUCCGAAAGCAGUCUGGUACUGUUAUCUACUUGAAACUCAGAAUAACAUACUAUAUCUAUUUUUGUUCUGGCUCCUGCAUUAUAUACCUGCAUAUGUGAUAGAUGGGAUCUGCUACGUCAUGGGAAUCAAAAUCAAGGAUAUUCCUUCAGCAACAAAAGUAUAUGAGAAAAUAUACAAAGUAUCGAAAGUAUUCGGUUACUUCAUGACGAACGAGUGGCAUUUCAAGGAUGAUAAUUUGGUCGCCAUGAUUAAUAGAAUGUCGGACGAAGAUAAAGAUAUAUACAACUGUGACGUCAAUAGCAUAAAUUAUAAAGAAUAUCUUAAACGUAUGAUUGUUGGAUUGAGAAAAUACAUAGUCAAAGAUGGAUUAAUUGAUUCCGAAAAGGCUUAUGUUAAACAGAAGAAGUUGUAUUACGCGAAUUGGGUCUUUAUGAUAUUAUAUAUAUACGUGUGGUUUAUGAUCGCGUUCUAUAUGUUUAAGGCUGUCCAAUAUAUUGUUUAUUAA